AUGGAGGUGUCCUUGGAAGACGUGGUGAGGACCUACGCCCUUGCCGUCGGAGGCCAGGCCGAGGAAGACGCCCACUUCAUCGUGGCGGAGGAUCCCGGCGGCAUCAACACCGGACUCUUCCUUCUGCGAGCUUCUGAGUGGUCGUUGGGAUUCCUGGAGAGGGUGUCGGCGAGUGCCUUCACCGUUGCGUGGGAUCAGUCGAUGUUUUUCUGGGAAAUGGUGCGUGGUGCCCUGGACAUCGACCUCGCCGACUUCGGCGCCGACUUCGGCUACCCGCCGCAAGUCCGGCUAAUCCACCAGGCGCACUUCAACGCAUUCGUGCCGCCCGCCUCGACGGAUUGGAUGGCAUACGAGUGGCGCCCUGGAGACUUUGUGCGCCACUUCGCAGGGUGCCCAUGGCAGGAGCCGCCCUGCCUGCGGAUGAUGGAGCAGACGGCCCUCGUGGCGGCGCUGCCGGCGGAGGAGCAGGUGCGGGCUCUGGCGGCGUUGCGGGAAGCGGCGCCGUGA